AUGUCCCACAAAGCACCCCAAGAAAAGCUACUGAUUAUCCGUACCCAUCAGUAUUUUCUCGCGGAAGCUCAACAACGGCUUGACCCUCUAGGUCAAGCUGUACGCAAGCGUAUUGCUACGUGUCUUGCGGGGUCAGCGAGCACGGUUGCGCGCGUAGUGGUGCUCUGGGACGCCAGUGGCGACGAUGCAUUUACCGAGCCUCCAGCCAAGCGUGGUUGCCCGCCAAGGUCUGUAGGUGCAACUUUUCACGGAUAUAUUACGGAUAUGGUACACAACGAAAGCACAGUGAGACGGGCGUUGGGACGAAUAGAGCUCAGCUACGUGCGAGGCAGAAAACGAGAUCCAAGGGCAGACACGGAAGCAAAUCACGCUUAUAUCCUAGAGUAA